ACAACCCACCCCGCUCCUCUCCCCAACCUUAUCUCCGGCGAUCUCCGCGGCGCCGGCGGCGGCGGCGGCGGCGGCUGUGUGUGUGUGUUUGGCGGGGGGAGGCGAAGAGAUGCGGGGCGCCGACCUGAUCAACCUCCUCCUGCCCGACGAGAUCCUCGACGAGGUGCUCCGCCGCGUCGGGGGCGCGAAGCGGGACCUCGACGCGUGCGCGCUCGUCUGCCGCCGCUGGCGCCGCGUCGACCGCGCCACCCGCCGCUCCGCCAAGCUCGCGGCGUCUGGGGCCCGCGCCGACGAGGUGCUCCGCCUCGUCGCCGACCGGUUCCCGGCGCUCGUCGAGGUCUCGGUGGACGAGCGCCUCAGCGUCGGGACCGGCGCCGCCGGCAACGUCUGUGCCACCGCUAGAUCGCGCCGCCCGAUGUAUACCAUUACUCCUUCUGGGCGCCGUAGGAGGAUAUCCCGCAGCUCAAGUUUCUCAGUUCGCAUGUCCCCAUUUCCAUUGGACCAGCCAGGCAAUGAUAAUGAGACAGAGCGCACUUGUUUGACUGAUGUUGGCUUAACAAAUCUUGCGAGGGGUUGCAAAGGGCUUGAAAAACUAAGUCUGGUAUGGUGUUCUUCCAUAACUUCAACAGGCCUAGUAAGAAUAUCAGAGAAUUGUAAGAACUUGAGUUCAUUGGAUCUUCAGGCUUGCUAUAUUGGAGAUCCAGGACUUAUUGCUAUCGGGGAAGGCUGCAAGCUACUUCGUAAUUUGAACUUGCGCUUUGUUGAAGGCACUACAGAUGAAGGCUUGAUUGGCCUAAUCAAGAACUGUGGACAAUCACUUGUCUCUCUUGGCAUUGCGACUUGUGCUUGGAUGACUGAUGCAUCCCUGCAUGCUGUUGGAUCAUACUGCCCUAACCUGGAAAUCCUUUCACUGGAAUCAGAUCAUAUUAAAAAUGAGGGAGUAGUAUCUGUUGCUAAGGGAUGCCGCUUGCUGAAAACUUUGAAGCUGCAAUGCAUGGGUGCUGGUGAUGAGGCCCUAGAUGCUAUUGGUGUAUUUUGUUCAUUAUUAGAAAGUCUUUCACUUAACAACUUCGAAAGAUUCACAGACAGGAGCCUUUCUUCUAUUGCAAAAGGGUGCAAGAAUCUCACAGAUCUUAUUCUCAAUGAUUGUCACUUACUAACUGAUAGAAGCCUUGAAUUUGUAGCUCGUAGCUGCAAAAAAAUAGCACGCCUGAAGAUCAAUGGUUGUCAGAAUAUGGAAACUGCUGCACUGGAGCACAUUGGACGUUGGUGCCCGGGUCUUCUGGAGCUCUCUCUUAUUUAUUGCCCAAGGAUUCGGGACAGUGCAUUUCUGGAGGUUGGUAGAGGUUGUUCCCUUCUCAGGUCACUUUAUUUGGUCGACUGUUCAAGAAUAAGUGAUGACGCCUUGUGCUACAUAGCUCAAGGUUGCAAGAAUUUGACCGAACUUUCUAUACGGCGUGGUUAUGAGAUUGGAGACAAAGCAUUGAUAUCUGUUGCUGAGAAUUGUAAAUUACUUAGAGAGUUAACACUCCAAUUUUGUGAGAGGGUAUCUGAUGCCGGGCUGUCUGCAAUUGCUGAAGGCUGUUCUCUUCAAAAAUUGAACUUGUGUGGCUGCCAACUUAUUACUGAUAAUGGACUCAUUGCCAUUGCAAGAGGAUGCUCUGAUCUAUUCUUCUUGGAUAUAAGUGUUCUCCGGCUUGUAGGAGACACGGCGCUUGCUGAGAUUGGUGAAUCUUGCCCGCAGCUUAAAGAGGUCGCGCUGUCCCACUGUCCAGAGGUCACUGAUGUUGGUCUAGGUCACCUUGUCAGGGGCUGCUCGCAGCUGCAGUCAUGCCAGAUGGUAUACUGUAGGCGAGUGAGCAGCAGCGGAGUAGCGACUGUCGUCUCAAGCUGCCCCAAGUUGAAGAAGAUCCUUGUUGAGGAGUGGAAGGUGAGCGAGAGGACUCGGCGCAGAGCAGGACCAAUCUUGUCGUACCUCUGCACUGGCCUUUAACCUUAAAAUUGAGAAGAAAAAAAAUCAGCUCAUGAGUUGCUGCAACCAUACCAUAGCUUCUUUAGCUAAAAAAAAGUUGUAUGAACUAUAAAAAUAAAAUAGUUUACCAUAUGUUUACUGUAAUUCAGAACUUAUGAACCAAAUAAACAGGGCCCAGUAAAAAGCAACUGAAUAAAAUGUCACAGGUUCCCUUGUAUGAACAAAUGUAAAAGCCAACUAUUUGUA